AGUCACAAAUGCCAGAUACUUCUACAGAGUACAGGCUACCCGUAGCCUAUACACACACGCACUCUCUACUCAGCGAAAUUUACAAAAACCGUCCGAGAACGUCUGUACGAAUUUUGUGAAAUUGAUAGAUAAUAAGUAUAAUUCAAUAUUGUUGUAUUAUCGUUAAUUGUAAUUCGUAUAACGUAUUCGCGAGUGCGUGUGUGCAGUGUGUGUGCGCUCGCUUGCCCGUAACAGCUUUUCACCUUAUCGUUCAAGAUCCGUAAAAUUUUGAUCCAGGUGUGAAUGUUUUUUUUUGUUAACGAAAUUUAUAUUAUCGUGAUAUGCGCAUAAACACAUUAAAUGACCGGUAAUUGUCGUGUGUCGUGUUAAAACUUUGCUGUUUUACAGCGAAUCGAAAACCGCAACGACGCGGGAGUUGAUAAGCGAGCGCGGGUGUGUAAUUUUUCUUUGGUAACUAGCCGCGUCAUCCACCGCACCCUUCAAAUAUGGAUAAAAGGAAACUAUCAACCUCUGGAGAUUCCCUGUAUGUCACGUUGAGCUUGAGCAAAACUGCUGAAACUGAAGAAAUCAAGCGAACAUACCGUAAGCUAGCAUUAAAGUAUCAUCCCGAUAAAAAUACUGGAAACCCUGAAGCUGAAGAAAAGUUCAAAGAAAUAAACAAGGCAUACCGUAUCUUGACUGAUCCAAGCAAGCGUAAUAUAUAUGAUAAUUAUGGAUCAUUAGGACUUUAUAUUGCUGAACAAUUUGGUGAAGAAAAUGUCAAUGCUUACUUCUUUGUUACUUCCAAAUGGUGCAAGGCUUUAAUUAUUGGAUCUUGUAUAUUAACUGGUUGCUGCUGUUGCUUUUGUUGUUGCUGUUGUUGCAACUUUUGUUUUGGGAAGUUUAAGCCAAAUGUGUCUGAAGAACAACAAGCAAAUUACACUAAUUUACAUAAAGGCGGAGCUGAUUUGAAUGAUGGUAUUCAAAAAAAGGAAGAUAGCGAGGACGAUGUAAUUGUAAAUCAACCAACAUCUACAAAUGGUGCGUCUGAUAAAAUGGGAAGUACAGUCAUAGCUAUGCCACCUCCUUCAUCAGCUAACGAGACCACUGCAUUGAAUCCAGAUGGUACACCCACAAAAUACUCCACCAGCAAGUAAUAUUCUUAAUAUGAGCUAUUUAGCCUUCAGACACAUGCUUGAGAAUUUCAGAUUGAAUCCAUCUUAUGCCUGUGGAUUUCUGUUAUUAUUGAGUAAUACAAUUAAACAAUAUUUUAAAAAAAAUUGUGUAGCAUUCAAGUUCACCCAAAAAUGCUUUUUUUUUGCGUGUUCUCCCCCCUAUAAGUAGUAUAGGUGUUUUAUGUGUUAUUAAAAGCACUCCCGAGAAUAUUUCUAUAUAAUAUUCAAGUUAUUCUUUUAAAAACUUUAAAUUAAAUUUAAAAGCAUCACUCUAUUAUACAUAGGUACUCAAAUUAUCAAUGUCUGUUAACAUAAUAAUAGUUGUAAUCAUAAAUAAUUUUGUAUAACUUCCAUAAAAUAAUAAUAGUAAUAUUUAGCUUUAGUAAAAACUAAAAAAAAAAAUUAUUACUUUAUAUUCAAUUAUUACUUAAUGUUUUUAUUGACUGAAUUUCUGCUAAACCCUAUUUAAUAAUUGUAAUAAUUAUAUUUAACAUAAUUUAUUAUUACAGUAAUUAACUAAACAUACCAAUAUAUUGAACAGAUCCAACAGGGAUAAAUAUGUAAGCAAAUUACAUUAACUAAAUAUAAAAAAAAACUUGUUUGCAAAUAGCUAUUUUGUUCAAUUUUGAAUAAAUUAAUAAUUAUUAUUAAUGUCCUAUUUCUUUUGUAAUUUGUAUUUUAUAAAUUAUAAAAAAUGGUAUUUAAUUGCUAUAUAUUUAAAUUUAAUUUAUACAAUAUAUCAGUAAAUACCUAACUAAAUGUUCAACUUUUAACAUUAUACACAACUUUAAUAUAUUAUAAUACUUAUAAAUUAUACAAUAAUCCUAUUUAUAUAUUUUACAUUUGUUUAUUGUUAUUUGCUACUUGUUAAACAUAUUGUGUUUGUAAUUUUUUUUUUAUAUCUUCACUAGUUUAUUUACUUAUGAAUAGCUUAUAAAAAUAAUUUCUAAUUGUUCUACGUCAAAAACUUAGUGGGACACGUCCAAUUAUAAAUGUAAUUUUUUAUUUGAAGUAAUGUUUGUAUUAUUUACUAGCGAGGUUUUUAUUUUUUUCUAUCUACAUUUUAACUUAUUUAAUAUACAAUAUUCGGUAUCUCCUUUA